AUGGACGGUUGGACGUGCCUCAAAAGCCGGGGCAUGAUUUGCGUCAUCGCCCAAAACGACACCGCGCCGGUGAUUGUGGACUGCGUCGACUCCAAAACCGCGAAGAAAACUGGAGAGUACCUUGCGAAGCUCAUCCAACAUGCGAUUUGCGAGGUGGGGGACAGCCACGUUGUCCAAGUCGUCAUGGACAACGCGGCUAACAAGCGCGCGGCAACCUUGCUCAAGGACGAGUACUCGCAAGUCUUCUUCACCAGUUGUGCGCCCCACGUCUUGGACCUCAUGCUUCACGAUAUGGGGAAGGUCAAGGCGGUGAAGAGGGUCCUCAACCAGGUGCAUCGGGUUGUGAUGAUGGUCAAGGGGAGUGCCUCGGCCGUCACACUUUUCCGUGAGUUGUUUAGCAAGCAAGCGCUUGUCCGACCUGGUGCUACUCGUUUUGGAACGCAAGUGAUCAUGAUCGAGCGUUUCCUUGAGGUUAAAAAGACAUUGAAGGAGAUGGUGAUUAGUGAGGAGUGGAAAAGUGUGGCGGUGGCGAACACGGAGGAGGGGCAGGCUAUCCGUGGUCUCCUCUUGGAGGAGACGUUUUGGGACUCCGUCACGGCCAUUCUCGGCCUCAUGAAGCCCAUCUACAAGGUGCUACGCAUCGUUGACCGGCGGUCCCUUGUGAUGGGGAGCGUCUACGGCCUCAUGCUUGAGGCUACGGUCAAGACCAACGAAGCGGCAACGAAGACGGCUGCCCAACUCUCCAAGAAAACCGGUUUGCUUCCGGGAAACGAGAAGGCCGCGUUUCUUGCUGCGUUUAAGGCUAUCAUAGCCAACCGAUGGGACGGACAGCUGCACAACCCCCUCCACGCCUUGGGGUGGCUUCUAAACCCGAAGAAUCAGUACGUAGGCGAGAUUCGGGAGGAUCCCGAACUGAGGGCGGGGGCUGAAGAGGUGUUUAAGGCAAGGGGGGGCAGUGUUGAGAUGCGGACGAUGCUAGCGGUGCAACUAGCCGCUUUUCACAAGGGAGAGGGGAAGUUGGGGUCUGUAGAUGCGCGGUGGGCUGCCACCAUCUUGGUGGAGAGCGGGAGGCUCUCCGCGGCUGAGUGGUGGGCGCUGUAUGGGGGUGAGGUUCGUGCUUUGCAAAAGGUUGCGGUGAUGUUGCUCUCCCAGCCCGUGACUUCAUCCGAGGUCGAGCGGUAUUGGUCCGCUCUCGCAAGGGUCCAAAGGCGGGACCGCAACCGGCUGAAUGCCACGUCCAUGAUGGACGUGGCAUUCGUGGCAUUUGGCCGGCGAGCUCGGGAGUCCUACGACAAAAAAACAGAGGCCCGUGCUAAGCUCUACAGCGAGCUGAGCAAUGGUUCGCUGCAGGAGGGCAGCACCAGCGUGCUUCUUUCUCUUCCGGUGGAGGCGGAGGUGGAUGAGGAGGAGGAGGCGGGGGGGGAGCCGUGUACCAUUGACUGGGACACCUUCGGGAACAUUGGCAAGCGGGUGACCAAAAGGAAACGCGCAAAUCUGAAGAAGAAGAAGAAGAGUGCUUCCAAGGGCAGCGGGUCCCGCAAGGGGAAGGAGAAGGUUUGUGAGGAAGAGGAAGAAGAGGCGGAGGAUGGGAGCAGUGCUGAUGACAGUGGUCCGGAUGAACCAACCAAGCGGAAGAACAAGGGGGUGAAUGCGUGGGAUUGUAGCGACGGGAGUAGCGGGGAGGAGGAGGAUGACGAGGAGGAUGAGGAAGAGGAGGAGAAUUAG